UACCGCCCCCGUCAAACACCAUGUCUUGGUCACUCUUCCGCCCACGUAUCCUCUUCCGCCAACCUCAAUUCCUUGCCAGCCGUGCUUUGAGCACCUCCCGACCGCACGCAUCCCGCCUCCGCCAGCCAGGCGAACCCACAGGCCCCAACGAGCCUCCAGCCCACAUUUCUGCCCCGUCAUCCAAGUCGCCCCUCAAGGUCUGGCCUAUUGUCGCCAUCUUUGUAACAGGCACGUUUUUGUUCAAGAAGAUAGUCGACGACCGCAAGGGCGAAGGUUAUCAGCCAAAAGGACCCAUUCAAGGCCAUUCGCCAAGUGGUAAAGGACAAGUGCGACCUUCGCAUCCUCAUUAGUCAGUCAGACAAACACAACAAAGAUGCCUGCCAUUGAACAGACCGACAUUGGCGCGCGUACCUCUCCUCUGUGGUCCAAGGACGAUGUAACGGUGCUCUUUGUCCUCGGCGGUCCUGGUGCUGGGAAGGGCACGCAGUGCCAGAAGCUCGUUAACGACUACGGCUUCAAGCACCUCUCUGCUGGUGACCUGCUGCGCGAGGAGCAGGAUCGAGAAGGCAGCCAGUUUGGCGAGAUGAUCAAGACGUACAUAAAGGAAGGUACUAUCGUACCUAUGGAGGUGACGGUAAAGCUGCUCGAGAACGCCAUGCGGAGUAGCAUGGAGAGUGGCGAGAAUGACAAGAAGCUAUUUUUGAUUGAUGGAUUCCCACGCAAGCUUGACCAGGCCCAUGCAUUUGAGCGUGCAGUAUGCCCGUCCAAGUUUACCCUCUUUUUCGAGUGCUCCGAGGGUGUCAUGGAGAAGCGACUUCUGCACCGGGGCGAGACUUCGGGCCGGGCAGACGACAACCCAGAGAGCAUCAGGAAGCGGUUCCGGACUUUUGUCGAGACGAGCAUGCCGGUGGUGAACGAGUUCGAAUCUCAGGGCAGGGUCGUUAAGGUCAAUGCUGAGCAAGAGCCCGACGCCGUGUACAGGGAUGUGCAGGCAAAACUCAAGGAGCGUGGUGUGGAGCCCAUCAGCCGCUAAAUUACAAAAACACAAGCUUGGUAGUUGGACGAAGUAGACAAGAUGGAGAGUCAAUAUAUAUGAAUUGCAAUAUCUAUCCUGCGCAGCUCCAAGGCUGCGAUUCAUAAAGGUGGAAAAGCCUGGCUUUGUAAUGCAUCUAAUGCCGUCCCUAGCCCAUGCCCCUGUUUUUGCCAAAGAAACCAACGCACGCCCGCCUAAGACACCAUGUUUUGCUUAGUCCAAAUCCUCAUCAAUAGCCCUCUGCUGCUUCCGCUGGCCGCCCCGGCCG